UUUCAUUUGGUUUGAGUGUUGGUCCGAGGACACGAAUCUAAGCGCAAGAUUUUGCUCGAAUUUCUGUUGUCUUGGCGAUCUCUCUUCGUUGAUCGUUUCGUGCUAAAGGUAAUAGAUGUGAUUUCGAAAACCAGAAAGUAUAAAAACUCAAAUCAACGGAAGUAAAAAUUUACCUUCUAACCUAUUAGAUUAAAUUGUUUGGUUGCUGAGAGAAGCAGAGACAAGACAAAUUAAGGAUAAUUAAGUUGUGGCAUGUGGGGCCAUCUGCGUGAUGCUUACACCGUCUACAAGCGUGUGCCAUCCAGGGAGCAUGCUUACUUUAUAGACGAAGAAGAAAAUUCAGCUCAUUUACAGAGUGGUAUGGGGCAAGAGACCAUGAAUCCUUCUUGGAAGCCUUCUUUCCCACACGUAAUUGUGGCAACUAUAGUUUCAUUCUUAUUUGGCUACCAUCUUGGAGUAGUUAAUGAGCCACUUGAAAGCAUUUCCAAUGAUCUUGGUUUCACUGGGAAUACCUUGGCAGAAGGUCUUGUAGUCAGUACAUGUCUGGCUGGUGCCUUUAUUGGAUCUCUACUCAGUGGUUGGGUUGCUGAUGAGUUUGGGCGCCGUAAAGCUUUUCAGUUGUGUGCUUUGCCUAUGAUUGUUGGUGCUUCUAUCAGUGCAAUGACCAACAAUUUGGAAGGUAUGCUUUUUGGGAGGUUUUUGGUUGGGACUGGACUGGGUGUGGGGCCCCCUGUUGCAUCUCUAUAUGUCACAGAGGUUUCUCCUUCUUUUGUUAGGGGUACCUAUGGAAGCCUUAUUCAAAUUGCAACGUGUCUUGGACUAAUGGGGGCUUUGUUCAUUGGGAUUCCUGCGAAGAGCAUAGAUGGCUGGUGGCGUGUAUGUUUUUUGCUAUCUGCAGUUCCAGCUGCAAUACUUGCUCUUGCCAUGGCAUUCUGUGCUGAGAGUCCUCAUUGGCUGUACAAGCAAGGACGAAGUGCUGAAGCUGAAGCUGAAUAUGCAAGGCUUUUAGGAGGGCUGCAUAUCAAAUCUGCAAUGUCAGAAUUGUCUAGGAUGGACAGAGGAGAUGAGACAGAUGGCGUAAAAUUUUCAGAAUUAUUUCAUGGUCGUCAUUUCAGAGUUGUUUUUAUUGGGUCAACCCUAUUUGCUUUACAACAGCUAUCUGGAAUAAAUGCUGUAUUUUAUUUCUCUUCAACUGUAUUUAGAAGUGCUGGAGUGCCAUCAAACCUUGCAAACAUAUUCAUAGGAGUUGCAAAUAUAUUAGGAUCUAUUAUUGCGAUGAUUUUGAUGGAUAAACUGGGGAGAAGGGCUCUUCUCAUAUGGAGCUUCUUUGGCAUGGCAACAUCGAUGGCCCUGCAAGUGACUGCAGCCGGCCUCUCUGCAUCAGGCUCAGUAACUUUAUACAUGUCUGUUGGUGGCAUGCUCCUGUUUGUCUUCACAUUUGCCACUGGAGCUGGUCCAGUACCUGGUCUCCUCCUAUCAGAGAUUUUCCCCGGCCGGAUUAGGGCCAAGGCUAUGGCGGUUUGUUUGUCUGUCCAUUGGGUGUUUAAUUUCUUGGUGGGCUUGCUGUUCUUGCCUUUGCUUAAGCAACUUGGGCAGCAGCUCUUGUACUCUAUUUUCACCACUUUCUGCUUGAUCGCACUGGUUUUCGUGAAGAGGAACGUGAUGGAAACCAAAGGAAAGUCCCUCCAGGAAAUUGAGAUAGCUCUUCUUCCACAAGAUUGAAAGUUGCAGGUUUGUGUUUCUAGCUGAUGUCCACAAAUGUGCUGCUGCAACCAUCCCAACACGGAUCACAAAAGAACAAGAUUAGAAAGACUGAAGCAUUGGGUGUCUCCUGAUUUGGCAGCCAUACCUUCAUUUGCCACGGGCCCCCCUAACUCCGGUGCAAGCGUUAUGCUUUUUGGGGUCCCGUUCCGACAUAGAGGGGUUUAAUACGGUUCGUGUUCUUAUGGUGCUGUCAUCUCUUGUAUUAGUAGAUCUAAGUGCUGGGCAGGAGAAUGGAUUGAGGUUCAUCCUUUUUGCAACUGUUGAUGGAUUUAAGACCUUUCGUCUGUAGUUUUGGCCACUCCAAUGCAUAUUAUCUAAAGAAAAGAACAUAAUGCUGCUGUCUCCAGUCAUAA